GUCUAUUACCAGAGCUUAUUAUCGUAACUCUGUGGGCGGGCUGCUUCUCUUUGACAUCACCAACCGCCGUUCCUUCCAGAACGUCCACGACUGGCUGGAGGAGGCUCGCAGCCACGUCCAGCCACACAGCAUCGUAUUCCUGUUGGUGGGCCACAAGUGCGACCUGGACGCACAGCGCCAGGUGACUCGGCAAGAAGCAGAGAAGCUGGCGGGGGCUUACGGCAUGCGCUACAUCGAGACCUCGGCACGCGAUGCCAUCAACGUGGAGCACGCCUUCACAGAGCUGACUAGAGAGAUUUUUGCCUUGGUACGGUCCGGCGACAUCACGAUCCAGGAGGGCUGGGAGGGUGUGAAGAGCGGAUUUGUGCCCAAUGUGGUCCAUUCGUCAGAGGAGGUGACCAAGAGCGACCGCCGCUGUCUCUGCUGAUCUGGGAACAAAUUGAACGAUGGGAACGACGGUUUUUAAGAGGAGGACUCUGAGUGGCGUGGCUGACAGACUGAGGCAUUGGCCUCGCUGGCUGAAAGAAUUGAUAACCCCUCUGUUGUCCUUCUUUUGGACUGGAUGCAGAUUUGGAUGGCUGAGGAAUUAUCWUGGAAAUGUUGGUAUAGGGUGAAGACAAACACUGUAAACUUGGGUGGAUCAGUCCGAGGGUUGUAUCCAUUUAUGUGUACUUUUUAUUUCUCAGACGGGAAGGAUUGCAGUUGCAAAUUGAAUUCCUCUGGUUUUGUUUUGGACUGCUUUCCUAGAAAGACUCUCAAAGGCCUUAGACCUACAUAUGAUCAGUUUUAGUUCUACUUUAAAGUACAACUCACCUGUUUUGUUUUAGUUUGCUUCACCUACUCUCUUCCCAUUAACCACCUCUCAGUAUGCAAUUUUAUGAUCACAGUAAGAGAUCACAUCUGGUUUCUCGCAUUAUCAUAAAAAAAAUUGGCAUACUUAAAUUCAGGUCUCAUUGUUAAAGUUCCAUCUUUUGCAAACAUCUGGCUCCAGAACUCAACAGAGGAGCCCUUAAUUAUAACGUAAACUUUUUUCUUCUGUAAUUUUUGCUACAUUUUCCUCGUGAACAACUURUUCCUCCAAUGAGCUCAUUAACCAGAUGUUCGCAUCUACUAUUGUUCUGUUAACGUCACAUUAAAAACACUAUCACUUACACUUCAUGGACUCUUACAGCAGGAAGACAAGUGUACAGCUUGACUGGGCAAGUUGGACUCAUAACAAGAACUUCUAMUGGUCUGUCUUCUAAUGGACACAUACAGGUGGACUAAUGUGAAUGGUGGAGCUCGAAAGCACCUUAACGGCCAAGUCAAAUUGAAGUCCCUCCUUUGGGGCAUUGGCAGAAUUAAAAUAGGCAAACUUGAUGAAUGUCAUGAAGGCAAAAAACCAACAAUAAGGGACUAGACAGAGGAGCAUUUGAUAGAUGGACCCCACAUAAGCAACAAUGCACAUGUAGGACCGAAGGAAACGUACCCCGACACGGCCGUGUGAAGAAAGUACAGCUGACCAUCCAAUGUACCUAACACAAGUAAAGGCACACUACAAGAUCGGUUUGGUUCAAUGGAAGUAGUUUACUUUGCUUUUAUAUUUGUGCAAAUGUAAUGUCAUAUACAAAUUUUAUUCACAGUUUAAUACACCYCAGUUUAAAAAAAUGGACAUAACCACCAAGGUGACUUUGGUAUUACAAUAAUGUAAGACAUAAUAUAAAAUGUCAGCAAACAUGCAAGUGGAAACUGGUUCAAAUGUGGUUUCAAAGCCACAGAAUUCCAAUUUUCUGAUUGCCUAAAACUGAUUACUAUAUUUCAUGAUGUACUCCAACCCCACUGACAUGGAAAUAAAGUCAUAAUGCUAUAUAA